GGCAGGGGAGGCAGAGCCUCACCUGUCAUCAUGACAAAAAAUAAUUAUAGCAUCAAAUUUAUAUUAAUAUUUGUCCAUUGCUCUUUAUGUAUGACUCAUUUCAAACAUUUUUUAUAGUCAAAAUCGCUGAAUUUGCCUAUUUCCUGUUCAAAUAAAGAAAUGAAACGAGAGGUGCGGCAGCAACGAGUAAAGCCUCACCUCUGAAUGCGCAAUCCAUAACAAACAGGGUGGAUACAUGGAAUUGGAGUGUGCUGGUUGCCGUACAUCUGCAUGUCGCCAUUAUAAUGUUUCCAGAUAUUUGUUUAUUUGACCUGAUUUUCCACAGUCUGGCUAAUGUCCUUAACCCUUAAAGUUUAAUGUUUGUUAGCGACAUACAGUAUUUAGUUUUGCUGAUGGGAAAUAAAACCACAGUGAAAAGGCACAGGUUGCGGCAGAUAGUACUCUGCCGCACUGAAAGGGGGUGUACGUGAAACUGGACUUUCCGUCAAAAGUGGACGCGAUUAACACAACAACGGAGCUAAAAGGUUUGCUUCAAACUACGGGACAGAAGAUAACUCGGUUUUGCUGAGAAAGAUGAAAGGUUAGCUAGACAUUUGGACACAUCCACUGUGUUGUCUGGCUUGUCAAAUAGAACACAAAACGAUCUAAUUGAAGCAAUCCUCUCCAUUGAGGCGGAGAGAUUUUUUAAAGUAAAGGAAAAUAAGGAGGACUUUUACAAAAAGGGCGUAGGUUUGUAUAGGGACGGUAGGGACAUAACACUACCAACUUUUCAGGAUGCUAAAAUUGUCCCCACCAACUUUUAAGCAACCUUACCUUUUUUGCAUGAUAUAAUGUUCAGUUAUAUAGAGAAUUUAGAUCUUUCAAUAGUUCCACAUGUUGUAAGGAUAGAAUUGACCCUACCAUUAUUAAGUGAAUUAUUUUCAUUAUGUUUAUAUUUGCUAAUAAAAACCAGACAUUUAUUCAGGAAGUUUUCAAAAUGUUUUAGUAUUUUUUGAAAACAAAGGUUUGAAUCGAACAGUGUAUCAUCUGAACCAAUGCACGUAAAAGUUAUUAUCAGUAGAUAAGGAUUUAUUUUGCAUUGAUCAUUUUGCCUAUUAAUUAAUUAGGUUCAUAUACGUGAGAAAUGUGGCCCUUUGCCCCCUUCAUCCAAUCUGUUUGGUCUUUUUAAUGUCCCGUCCCCAGCAAAAAGUGUACCUACAUGCAGGUUAUGCUGUUAUAUCGUCCCUAUGAAUGUUGAGACCAAACCUAUGCCCUUCCAAAGUAAUGGCGGUUUUUGUGGUGUAGGACAGGCGCAAGACCACAAACAGUUUUCAUUUCAAUCUUAUAAAAAAAACAAAAAAAAGAGCUUAGACUAAGAAAAAUACAAUACAAUAUUUAAAAACUAAAUUUUGGCCUUAAAUAAAAUAUUCUUUGUUUUCUUUUUCUUUUCACACUUUUUGUUUAGCAAUCUGUAAUAAAUUGAUUAAAGUAUCAGAAUUAAAAGUUUAAUUUAAUUUAGUUUAGUUUAAUUCUAAAGGUCAGAAUUGAAUUCUGUGGUUUUGUACACCACUCUUUACUCUCAUUUAUGUUGCAUGAAUUAUAGAAUUGCGACGGCCAACACAUUGAGGGUGUAGAGCAAAUGCAUGUUAUUUUCUUACUUUUACGUAUCGAUAAUAUGUACCGUGUGUGCGUGUUUUGUGAAGAAUGCUGAUGAGAUGUGAAAUAACCAGUAGCCAAUUGAAUAAGCUACCCUUUUUGGUUUAUAUAUUUGGAAAUCUGACACUAAAGGAGUCAGUGCCUCACCAACCAUGAACCUCACCGCACGUCACUGUUCUUAACAUUCCUCCUAUGAUGAUUACAGGGAGAAGGUCCAAUUCAAUUAAUAAUUUAUCGGUCUCAUGUCUCAAAAUGUCCCUUGAUUCUGUUGAUAAAUGUCUAUGCUUUUUGUCUUGCGUCUGCAAUGACCCAAAAUUCACAAAGAUUACGCUUUAGCUGACGUCCUCUCAUCCACACAUUGCCACUUCAGUGAACCACGCAGAUCAACAAAUGUCACCAAGCUGAUUAACCUUCUGUCACUUGGCUUCCUCAACAGUUUCCACUAUAGCUCUGCAGACAGAAAGGUCAAGAGGCCAUGUUGACACAUUGAUGACAUGUUGACAUGUACUGUAUAAAAUGAAUUGAUUCUAUAUUGGAAUGAUGAGCUUUCGUAUGUAUUUUUUGUCGUGGGAUUUUGUGGUUAGAUUUUUAGACCAUUUGGAUUGCAGUCAUUUUCAUUUUUUGACAUAGCCACCAUUUCAUAGCACCUUUAACCUUGCUCCAGUAAAAAUCCAUUCAGUGUUAGAAGAAAUUAUUUAAUGGCUCUCAUCAAAUUUUCUACUACUUAAUAGCUUUAAAACAGAAGUCCUCCUUGGAGGCACCCCCUUCAGGCUCACAAAUUUUAAUAAUUUCUCCCUAUUUCCAUCAACAAUGUAUCCAUCUAUCCACAGCCUCCAGAAUAACAUUUUAUACUACGAGCACAGUGGCCCCUAACUUAAAAUUUUACGGGCGCAAGCAAAAGAUUCAGUAGCACACACUGUAAAUUGACAUGCAGUUUUCCUCUAAAUUUUCACUAUUUAACCGGUAAAUAAUAUCAUAAUCAAUGCAUAAAAUUGCAAACUUAUUAAUCAACAUUAUAUUCUCUAUCAGUUUUGACAUCAACCAGUAUAUCGCUUAGAAAUUUGGUUGACAUGGAAAUUUUGUUCGAUUUCUGUUGCCGUCACCUGGCACUACAAGCAAUCAGCAAUGGAUUUAUUGAUUGACAAAUCACCUUCGAGGACACUGGGUUACCCAGAAAUUGACAUCCACACGCCACACUUUGGCAACAUGAAGGAGCGUAUCAAAUUUAGCAGUGUGCGACCAGAACAUACUUUAUGAUACCUCUUGGCAGGAUUUCUGGGACAAAAAUAAAAAAUCAGCAGAAUUAGAAGUUGUUGGUGCUCAGAAAAGACCUGAAAUUUUAAAAUGUCCUCCAAAUUAAAAGCUAAUCAGAGACGAGCACUGACGCACAGGCAGAGGGCGGUGCGUGUCGCUGUCGCUUGAAGCUGCAGUCGCAUCGCGCCCCGUGUGUUGGCUUUCAGGUCAACACGAUGACUUUCGCAUUUCGCCAUCGCCUCCUGUGUGUCAAGUCCCUGAUUCGGCCACCUUUGAAACAAUGCCGGCGGGUUUGUUGGAAAGAAAGUAGUCACUUAUUGUCCAUUUUGCCAUUGUUCCCAAGUCAGUCAAGUUUUCCCACUACCACAAUUACAACCCACUGCACACAUCGCCCACCCCCACCUUUUUCUUCUGUUGUAUUUUCCCUUGGCAAACCAGCUUGUUACAUUACUGCCAACUAGUGGAUUUGAUCGUGAAAUGGUUUGUCAGCAGCAACAACAACAACGAAAAAAAAAACCUGCAAAGUUACUGGUAGCACAUGUGCGAGUAUAUAAAAAAUAAAAGCGUACUACAUCUAAUUUUAGUCGCAAAAUGCGACCAUUUGGUUGCAGUCUGGAGCCCUGAUCCAUCCCCUCAGGUUAAGAGUCUGGGUGUCAUUCUCAAUAGCACCCUUUCCUUCCGCUCCCGUAUUAGUGAUGUCAUCCGACAUAUUGUCCCAGCUAGCCAUGUGCCCGAAUAAGAUUCUGCUGGUAUGAUAACCUUAAGCCAAAAUAUCACGGUUUCACGGUAUCACAGUAUUGCAAUUACAGCUCUAAAAUGUGUUACUUUGAGAUAUCUGGGUUUAAAAAUUGAACAGGAUUGUCAUUUUUCAAAGCAUAUUAGCAAAUGGAACAUACGUAUAAUGUUAAGUUGAAAAAAAAAAUCGAAAUAAAAUUAAAAUAAACGCAGUAAUUUAGCUAUUAUUACCAACAGAACAAAAAUAAUUAUUUUCCAUAAAAAGCAUUGCUUGGUACACCAGACUCACCGCUGUUCCAGCUAUUGAGUCUGGCCACCAUUCAUGUGGAUACAAUUUCCAGGGCAGAGCAAGCCACAGCAAACAGACAGACAGCGGAGCGGACCAAUCAGCGACGGGCAGACGUGACGUUAGUAAAAUGACGAGGGAAGGACGAGGGACUUGCGCGCGGAAGUAAACAUACGAAGAGAGCGGAGUUUAUUCAACAUGGCUAGCGCGAGACAGACUGUUGUCAAUGACUCGUGUCGACGUGUUUCUGGUAAUUUAAAACGGAUUUUACCGUGGAUUGGAACAUAUUCUCGGCUCUCCCGUUCACCAUCUGUGUUGUUGUAGAGACGACUUUCGACGCGCAAGAGUGACGUUGCUCAUUAAGAACACGUCACGCAAAUAAACGAAUCUGAUUUGUCGAUUGAUUUUGUACCUGCUCGAGAGGCCAUUAAUGGGCUGGUUCCCAGACUAUGCUCUCAGUGUUUGAAAAAUACAGGGAGAAUAGUCUGGCAGAGCCAGGCAAUAAAAAGCAUGUGUGUAUGACUUGUAUCAUGUUUACAUUAUACACAUACGCUCUUUCUCAACACAGACAGUUGCCAGAGAAUAAGACACCACGUUCUACCACCGUUAGACAAACUAAACACACUGGACUUAACUCUCGUAGCUGGUCGGGAAACUUUAAUGACAGUGUCUACUAACCUUUAAUUUUGUAUAAAUGCGAAAUCCUAUUGGAGGUAUUGCCUCCUCGGCAGCCCAUCUUCCGCAAACAUGUUUUACAUGUCGGUUACCUCUCCUCCUCCAAGCCGCGGCUGUCUGCAACUUUUCUGUCGGCGAACUAUUCCCAUACCGGCAGUUUCGUUUUCUUUGAUGCGGGGAAAAAGGUUUUGGAGUUUCACCUCCUCCAGCCAUCGUUUAGCACAGCUGACUCACUGACACUGAGCAACAUCCAGUGGGGCAGGGUUGAGCCUUGCAGCUGCGAGGGAUUUCCCCCUGCAUUUUUGGGACAUAAAAAAUACCUAACACCUUAGGGACGGUAUGAUGGAAAAUUUUUGCUGUUUUGAAACCUUGACGUUUGCAUAUCAUUGUAUACCUUGAAACCGGUAAUUGGCACAUGGCUAGUCCCAGCACUUCUCUUUUAAUAUGAAACGGAAAAGGUGAUUCAAUUUUGGGGUAAUGAGGUCAAAGGUAAUAGAGGUCGCAAUAUCUUGAUUACGCAUUAGCCUAUUUAACUCAAAUUUGCAGGGUAGCUGAUAAAAUCAGAAGAGAGGGAGUGAUGACAUUUUGGGGCAUGAGGGCAAGGGCAGAGUGCCCACUCUACCAAAUAAGGCAAUGCUUUGAAUUUGGGUGCAUAGGCAGAAGCCUGUUCUCUCAGAGUGCUCCUUUCAUUUUAAUACAUUGACAUCCAAAAGGUACUUGUAGCCCUCUUUGGUAUUUAUUUUGGCAAAAAAAUAAACAAAGCAAAAAUCCAGAGCAGUAGGUGCCACCAUCUUGAAACGCUUGUUGACCCUUUGAAGGAUAGAAACUCAUGAGCUUAUGUGGCUACGUCCUCAUAAUGCUAGUUAGUUUGUACGUUGGGGAUGCCAAGACACAUGCUCCUAUGUAGAGCAGGACAGACUAACCUUUUAACUGGAAGUGUUUGGCUCUCUCAGUUAACAUAUGGUGUUGUUUAGUUUCAUUGGAACCCUCUGUUAUAUCUUCAACACUGUCAACCUUUAGGAUGAACGCUGAAUAAGAUUACUAUAUUUCAUCAAAUAAAUGCCUUCAUUUUUUCCCACAUGUAUAACAAAAAUGGCUGGAAAUUGGGAUUAUCCCAGUUCAUGUUAUUUACGGUCAGACUUUAAAAUUCAAAAGAUGUAAUAUGAUUAUUUUGAAAAUAAAACAAGUAACAUUUUGGGAAGAUUGUUCUUUUAAAUGAGUGUCCAAUUCCUCAUUUUGGAUCAAUGUUGGGGACUUUUUCCAAACCGGGUUUUAAUGCUUUGCAGUUGAUAGUUUCCAUAUUUACAGUGAAAGAUCAGUACAGGCUUUACAAUGGAAACUCCAAAGCACAUAAACAUCAUAUUGUUUAAUUUAUAUUUAUCUCAUACUGAGUGAGACUUACCGUAUUCUUCGGACUAUAAGUGUUUUUUUCAUAGUUUGCCUGGGGGUGUGACUGAUACUCUGGAGCGGCUUAUGUGUGAAAUUAUUAACACAUUAUUAUAUCAUUUCAUAUGUUAUUUUGGUGUUUUGGAGUGACACUGAUGGUUUGGUAAACUUGUUAGCCUGUUCUUUAUGCUAUAGUUAUCUGAAUAACUCUCAACAGCUAUGUUACGUUAACAUACCGGCCACAUUCGCAUUUCAUUGUUCAUGCAUCAUGUAACAUUAUCAUACUGUACACUUAUUCAGCAUGUUGGUUUCUAUUGUAUUUUUAAUUUAAAUUGCGUUUCAAAAUGACAUUUCUGUUUUAUGUGUUGGAUUUUAUCAAGUAAAUUUCCCCCCAAAAUGCGACUUCUACUCCAGUGCUACUUAUAUGUUUUUUUCCUCUUCGUUGGACAUUUGAUAGCUGGUGCGACUUAUACUCAGGUGUGACUUAUAGUCCGAAAAAUACAGUAUUCAACAACUCUUACCGUCAAACAUUUUGGAAGAUUUGUGACAUUAAAACAUUCUACAGAGUAUUGCGUGACACUUUUGACAUGGAGGAUUCACUUAUAUGUGUGAAAAAUGAAUGAGGUGAUUAAUAUUUAAAAAUCUGCAGUCUCUGGGUUUGCAACUAUAAGGGUCAAGGACAGACAGGGUAAAUUUCGUCAGGUGGCAAAUGGUUUCGAGGCCUACCAAGACUGUGCAAGCCUCUAAUGGAAAGUCAGAAAAAUUGAAGUUGUUCCUGAACAAACAUGAAAGUUUCCCGACUAUUACCUUUACCUUUAUUACCAUAUGCAUGUCUCUCAAAGAGUAGUAGUAGUAGUACUAGUUGUCUCUUGGUUCCUUCCAUUAUAUUGAAAGCCACUACAGCAAACCAAGAAGAAAGGAGGGGAAAAUUGUAGCCGAAGAAAAAAAACUAUCAUACAGAACACAUACAUUAAACAGGCAGAUGUUAAUUGGUCAUCAAAACGCUGUAGAAAUAAAGUUCAGACAAACAAAAUAAGGAAACGCAUCUAUAUUAAACUUUGUAAAUGUUAGCUUUGCUACAUUGAGGCGAAUGGCGGAAAAAAGACAACCUACUAACCACUUUAGCCUGCUAUAAAACAUUGUCAAUCUCCCGCAAACUUGCGGUUAAAAGUUGACAUUUCAAACAUGAAAAAUCGCUGGUAAACCGCAUUUGCAAAUGAAAAAAUGAAAGAAAGAAAAAAUCUAUUACUGACACCACAUGCAAUGACAAAGUGUUUUUUUUUUUUGCGGAGUGUAACGGUUAGCAGUUUAGUGAACGUACUUCCGGGGAACAUUUCAAAAUUGAAGCACAUCAUGUUCGUCAUAUAAAUAACGAUAUCUGGAGUUAAUCCCACAUACUUCAGAAUUCAGCUUUCACACUAAAAAUAGCUUUAAAUUACACCCUUUAUGAAAAACCUGAUUAGCAAUGAAUAAUUACUAUUAUACUAUUUUAUGUAGUAGUAUACUAUAAUAUAAAUGCUAGAUAUUUUUUUUGUUUUGAAUAAUGUUGGAAAGGCGAAGUCAGUGUUCUGAAUCUGUUUACAUUCCAUUCUUUUGCACUAGUUAUGCAGUAGUUAGUGCUAUCAGCAUUUGACCUUAUUGUUUAGUUGUGAUUUAUUGUUAUUUACGUGUUUAUUUGUACUUCAAUAAAGAAUUUAAGUGUUCCAAAAUGUUUUUGUGAAUUAAUAAGUGUCAUCAAAAAAAGGUUGUUUUUAGUUGUUGUUGUUUAGAACCUCUAGGGUGCAAGAAGUGCAUUUGUAGCUGCUGUUUUUAUAUUUCAUUGUAUUUAAAGUAAACAUUUCAUUGCUUUACUUGUGCGCAUCUUGAAGUUAUGUUUCUUUUCAUAUUAGUUAAUCUCAAUUUUGAUCAUAAAUUAUAGUUAUAACACACAAUUUUUUGUAUGGAUUAAGACAAUACAAAAACGUUUCAUACAAAACAUUUCCUCUCACUACAAUCAAAAUAUGAACAGAUUUCAUUCCUUCUGUGUCCAUCAGUUCAAUGCAAAAUUAGUGGGUGUGGCUUUCUUUGCACCAAUUUGACAUAGUACCCUCUCUCUCUAUCAUGCUGGCAUUACGUCUGUUUGGAGAAUCAGAGCAGCCAUUGACAUUGGUGGAACCUACCAUCUAGUGUUGCAGGGGUGGAUGGGCUUAAUGCUGCAUCGUGAUGAAUGCACUAGCAUUUCCGGUUUGUAGAAUUUUGAGCCAUGAUAAGAGAUGACGCAAAUCUUUUAAGAAGGUGAUUACGCCAGUGGGAUUGACAGGGCUUUUCUUUCUUGUGAAUAAGACCUUGCUUCAUCCAUGACCCCUCCUCUACUUUCUCCCGUCCCUCCUUACCCGCUAUUCCAACGUGGCCAGGUGAACGUAAGCAGGAAUGACGACAGAUGGGCCUUACAGACUGACAGAUUACGCAUUAGCACAAGAAGCUCUGAGUCUUUGCCACCAACAAACACAGGUGUAUACUCCCUCAGAGGGAAGGGGAUCUUGUUUUUACCAUACACACGAGGCGGCAGCAUGAUGCUGGGGACACGGCCAGUGUGCAUAGGGAACCAACAGUAGAAUCAGGACAAUUUGACUGAUGGACGGCAAGACUGAGUGUAGUUUUUCUGUGGUUACCAUGGAAGUAUGGAGCUCCUCUGCAUCUGAGGAGGAGGAAGAAGAAGGGAAUACUGUUGGUAUUUUGCUAGAGGACAAAGCAUGCCAUAACAGCAACAACAACAAUAACAACAACAAUAAUAACAACCUUUGCCGGGAGGUCAAACAAGUGCUGUGCUCAGACAGAGUUGGCCAAGUCACCAAGACAUAUCAUGACAUUAAGGCAGUUACACACCUAUUGGAGGAGAAAGAGCGCGAUCUUGAGUUAGCAGCACGGAUUGGUCAGUCGCUCCUGAAACAAAAUCAAGAACUGACUAGUCGAAAUGGAUUACUGGAUGAACAGCUAGAAAGUGCAAAGGAGGAGAUUGCUCAACUGCGUCAUGAGCUUUCAAUGCGAGAUGACCUCCUUCAGUUCUAUGCAAGCACUGAGGAGAUAGAAAAUGCUGAAUCACACUCACCAAUUAAAAGAAAUGAAUCAAGCAGUUCUCUAAGCAACUUUGUCCAUUAUGACUUCAUGCAGCAGAAACUGAAAUGUUUAGAGGACGAGAACCGCAAACUUCGAUUGGAGGCAAAUGAGCUCUGCACAGAGACGACCAAUUAUGAGGAACAAGAGCAGGAGCUGAUGAUGGUUUGUGUGGAAGAGCUAUCCUCAGUCAACAAGCAAGUAGUCGACCUAUCAGAUGAGCUAGCGCGCAAAGUAGAAGACUCUUUUCGGCAGCAAGAGGAAAUUAGCUCACUUCUUGCUCAGAUUGUUGACCUACAGGCCCGCUGCAAACGUCUAACUAACGAGAACGAGGAGCUGAAUCAACAUCUGAGUGCCUCCCGUGAGAAUAAUCUGAUACUAGAGUCAGAGCUCAGGGACCUGCGAGACAAGUACUCGCAGUGUGAGGACAUGCUUCACGAGGCUCGGGAGGACAUAAAAAAUCUUCGAAAUAAGAGUCUGCCCAACAGCACGGUUCAGCGUUACACUGCUUUGGCCUCUGUUCUCCCCAUGGACAGCUUGGCAGCAGAGAUAGAGGGCACCUUCCGCAAAGGUUUGGACACUCCAGCGUCGUCAGAUUACAAGACCCACCCGAGACGUGUAUUUGAAACGGUGCGAGUUGUGAACAGGUCAGUGAGGCUGCGCUCUCUGUGCCAUUCGCCGGGACUUCCAGGUUCAAGCCCGGUGUCAGUCCGCUCCAGCUGUACCAGCACGCCUCGCACCAGUUACUACGGCUCUGAUAACGCCAGUUUCACACUGGAGGACAAGCCCAGUGCUAGUCCGGCCCAGAAAGACGAUUUGAGUGAGCCAAAGCGUUUGGGCCAACCAGGCACUCCUGGAGGGCAGGACCUUGAAGCGGCCUUGCGCAGUUUGUCAGCCCGCCAGGAGAACCAUUUUUCUGAGCGGCCUUUCUUUGAUGUGGAGCGCGAGCGCAAACUACGUGCCUUGGCAGCAAACAGCGAGGAGGACGAGCGUUCUAGUGGCUUCUUGACACCGAAUGACAGCCUUGCCUCUAGCCUAGGCGCAUCAAACAGCACCAACUACUCCAAUGGAAGCUCUCGUCACUCCUGUGACUCAUCAAGUUCGAGGUCAUACCUGCCCGACCGCCUACAGAUUGUCAAACCUCUUGAAGGUUCUGUAACUCUGCACCAAUGGCAGCAGCUGGCCAAACCAAACCUAGGGGGCAUCCUCCACCCUCGUCCCGGAGUCCUGACAAAGGACUUCAGGGAGCUUGAAGUGGAUAUCCAGCAUGUGUAUAGUCUGAAUGACCUGGAGGAGGAUGAGCCUGACCUGUCGCUGCUUUCAGGAACUCACAGCAUGGGUCCCAACCAUCCUCAGACCUCUCCAACUCCCACUAUUACCACCUGUCAAGUCCCUCGACCAGCCCUCCUCUCCCCCUCAUUCCCGUUUAGUGGCAGUAAACGUUUGUCCAGGCUCUUUCUCCAACUCUAGAAGGAGCAAACCAUCACUCUAUCGGCCUGCCAUUUCGUCCGAACUGUGAGCACGGGAACCCUUCCCACGUUUCCGGCCAGCAAUACUUUGGAUUUAAAGACUCCCCCGCCACAAACAUAAGCUGGUCAUCACCAGGACUCCUGCAGCUGCUUAAAGAA